CAGUCUCACAGGCUUCUUCUGCUGCCCAGGGCUCUAUCUAAAGUUCUCAUCCCAGCCAAGCCCGCCCCCAGCCAAAGCCAGAACAGCACCCCCAUUAUUUCCCCUCCUAUCGAGCCUAUCACCUCCUAGUAUCCUAUCCUCUGCCAUCCACUUCCACCUCAAGUACCUACAUGGACCUAGUCCUAGUCCUCCACUGUCGUGCCACUCCACUUACUCCAAUCUAUCUAUCCUUAGCUUUUGACAAGAGAGCCUUGUGCUCCCACGCAUAUCGACCACUCUUCGUUCUCCUCCUCCUCCUCCUCCUCCUCCUCCUCCUCCUCGCCUCUUCCACUUCCACUUGUACAACCCAGAAUCAGCUCUUACUCACCGUCUGACACCUCGCACUCGCUCUCGAAAUCGCAAUACAUAACUCCUACCUCUCGACAAUUUGUAUAAAUCAGCAGCCGUCCAAGUAUUCCCGUCAGUGCACUCCCGCCGUCAACCCAAUCUUACGUACUAGACCACCGUGCUGGGACGCCUCUCGGGUACAAUCAGCUCGCAGAACGUCAUUCUGACCCAGUUCGUACAUCGACCACGCGACACCAUACAGGAUAAAGACAAUCACAUUGUUCACUUCCGAAGGACAUCUCGAGUCCCGAGUCUCACGUCCUGAUGCCACGGCCCAUGCGCCGCAUUCUUCGCCGCCAUCUCCUCGCGGAAUCCAAAAGCCCAGACAGGAAUGCGCAAUUGACCAGCGCCGAGCAAUAAUACGAUUUGGGAUCGAAAAAGGCACGCCUUUGCGAAUCCCCUCAACUCCUCGCUCGUCCCCUCUGCGGAGGUAGACGGGCGUGGCAGCCACACCUUCCUCCUCCUCCGCCAUGUCGAUAUACAGCUCGCCGCCGCCCGCGCGGGCGUUCCGCGACGACAAGGCCACGCUGCUGGUGUGCUGGUGGUGUACGAUUUUCGCGGCGGUGAUAAUACUUUUCCGGGUCUGCGGGCGCUACAUACGGACGGAGAAGCUGUUCAAAGAAGACUGGCUGGCUUUUGCGUGUAUAAUUCCGCUGUUUGGGCGCAUGGCGCUGGUGCAUGUCAUCUUGCUGUACGGGACCAACAAUGCGAUCACGACGGAGUUGUCGGACGAACAGUUGCAUCAUAGAUCGAUCGGGAGCCGGCUGGUUCUGGUAUCUAGGAUCCUAUAUGCGGCGACACUAUGGAUGCUUAAACUUACAAUAACCGAGUUCUUCAAGCGACUCACGAUUAAUAUUUGGACACGAUCGCACGAGAGGAUGUUACAGAUCAUCAGGUGGUUCCUUCUGCUCACCUUUUUUGCGACGGUCAUUGCGGAUCUGGCAGAGUGUCAACCUUUUACGCAUUAUUGGCAGGUUUCUCCUGAUCCUGGUGGGAGAUGUCGACAGGGAUACGCCCAGCUUCUGACGAUGGGGACGUGCGAUAUUAUCACAGAUAUCCUUCUGGUCGUAUUCCCCAUCCCUAUCAUCAUUCGAUCGAAGAUGGGACUCAAGAGGAAGAUCCAGCUUGUGUUAUUAUUUUCGGCGUCUCUCCUCCCGGCCGGGACGACCAUGUACAGGCUCCCAAAUAUUCUCGAUCGACACGGCAGCCAGCAGUACCGGUCACUGUUAGCAUCGGUUGAGAUUUUAUUUGCUACAGCGGUAGCCAACGCUCUGAUCCUCGGAUCGUUUGUCCGAGAUAGAGGCGUGAAGAAACAGCGGUGGAAGUUCGGGUCCAUGAGCGAUAGCAUCGAGCGGACCACGAGCAGGAGAGGAACCGUUAUCCGGCAUUGGGGAAGUGAUGAAGAUCUAGUCAGAGAUCUAGGCAUGGGAGUAGAUCCGGAACUACGAGGCGCAACACCAACACCUCGACCGGCUCCCAUGGCCAUUGCUGGAAAUGUGCCUGUCAAAGCACAUAAACUUGUAGGGAGGGAUUGGCAGUUCCCUGGAGAGAGGAGCGACACGAGCGAUGAGAUUGACUUCAUGAAGACUGGGGAACCGCACAGCCCAGGAGACGUAUCAUCGAUUAUCACACCUCGGAAAGUCUCGUUUUUCGAUGUAGGCGGACUGCUGGAAGACGAUUUACCGAGACGAGGGAGCUCGACGAGAACGACGGACACGGAUGGAGAGAGUUCCAUGUUCGGACCUCUUUCCACAACAUGGUCUCACGAUCAAGGCCUGUCCCCUGCACCACAGCGGAGAGGCUCCUCGGCUCUCCUUCAGGAUAUAGGAGGAUUACUGGGGCCACGAAGGGAACGGGAUAGGAAUUCAGCAGCGAGGGGUUAUGAGCUGCAGACAAUCCUACAAGAACAAUCGCCGCACCUCCAGCCCGUCAAUCUGACACGGCAGCAAACGAAUCAUUCGCUGCAAGAUGUCGGUGGUCUUCUGAAGUAGAAGCAAUGCGGAAUGAGACGAGGGCAGAAUUGAGUAGUGGCGGAGCGGGAAAAGCGAAAUGAUAUCACGAAGAUACAUGUGUACUAAUUAUUACCUCUUGUUUUUCGAAUUUAUUAGCGGGUCGGUCUGGUCUGGGCUGGGCUGGCAAAGGAUAUGUAUGGGAGCGCAUGAAACCCCAAUGACUGCACGACCUGACUGACAUCUACAUUACUGGGCGAGGAGUUCAAGGCGUCAGGGUCGGCAAGGACACAUUUUUGUGAUGGAUAUAUCACGAUGUGUUGGUUAUUAUUGGGGUACGAAUAUGGGUUGGAUUUCUUGUUCUUUGGGGGUAGAUAUGAUGAUUGGAUGGGGGAUGAGAGAAGACGUGAUGGGACGAUAUGAGAUGAGAUGAGUUGAAGUGAAGUGAAGUGUUAUAUACCACGGCGAUUAUUGCAUCGCUACCUGUUUAUCGUUCUAGGUCGUAGGAUGUGUGAGAGAGGAGAAAGGAAGAUAGAUUCCCGAAUGACAAGAAUAUCUCUAGCUCAACGUGAUUUAAUGGAUUCAGGUGAUGCGCCCAGAUAUUUGCUUGACGAUAGACUAUCCCAUGAGGCACACUGGUUCUCAAGACCUGUGCUUUGGGGAAGAAGGCAUGUCCACUCCUCCACUGUG